UCAGUUCGCAGUAAAAAGCGCUCUCGUGAUCAGGUCAAUUCUUCACCUGUGGGAGUAGAGCCACUACAUAAAAAGCAAAGACAACAAGAAAAUAUUAGAACUGAUCUUCAUGUCAUUCAGCUAUUGACGACAUGUCCUGUUUGUCAAGGAAAUCUAAUUCGACCCUUUACUUUACCUUGUGGUUAUACAGUAUGUCAAAAUUGCAUUCCUAAUAAUAUCAACACUACAUUGGUAUUAGAAUGUGUUUCACCUUAUUGUGAUCGAAUUCAUACAACAACUAUUCAACCUAAUGUUAUCAUCCAAUCCAUGCAAUCAAUUAUUAACAAUGGCAAAUUAGGAUCUUUAUCACCCGAUAUUUUACGCCAGUCUUUUAAUGCAUCUACUGAAUGUCCUAUUUGUUGUACUCGACUUACAAACCCAACUACAACACCAUGCGGUCAUACAUUCUGUCAAAACUGUCUUAUACGGUCUCUUGACCAUCAACGUCUAUGUCCCUUUUGUCGUGACAGUCUUGAGUCUUGUCCAUCCACAACUCAAGUCUUGAAUGAUAUUUUAUUAGAACUUUAUAGUGAGGAUGAAGAGGCAAAAGAAGAAGGGCUUGGCAGCUUGGGUGGUGAACAUCGUGUUCCUUUAUUAAUCGGAAGUAUGGCCUUCCCUCAUGUUCAGUGUGCGAUUCAUAUAUUUGAGCCACGUUAUCGACUCAUGUUAAGACGUAUUAUGGCAUCUGAUCGAAGGAGGUUUGCAAUGUGUCUAGCACGUAGACAAAGAAGUUCUGAGUCUGUUUUACCCUUUUAUGAAUACGGUACAAUGCUUGAAUUAACUCAUGUACAAACAUUGCCAGAUGGACGAUCGAUGGUUGAAGCAGUGGGUUCACACCGUUUUAAAGUCAUCAGGUUUGAUUUAGUAGAUGGUUAUCAUAUGGCAGAUAUUGAAAGGAUUGAUGAUAUAGAUAGAGAACAAGAAAAUUUAUGGGAGCAACAACAAAUUUUAAAAAUAACUGCUCAAAGAGCUCGCCAACAGGCUCAGCAACAAUUGAAACAGUCACCUUCUUUAUCAGCAAGGCCUGUGUCAGUUAGCAUCCAUCGUCCAGUAGCUACCACUGGCUCUACUCAAUCUGUCCAUAGAUCAAUACCAAGGCCUCAUCAGUCAAGUUGGGGCCAGCGCCAAUCUUGGGCACAACAAGCUCAUCCUCAGACUCAAGUCAAUAGAGCACCUUGGUUACAAAUGCAUAUUCAAGGAUUAUCCGCUACUCGGCAUAAGCCUUCUCAUCCUAUUACCCCUACUCUUCCCCCUCAAAGACAAGUACCAUCGACAUCUCAAAGACAUACCUCUUUUUCCCUACCUGAAAAGGUGAUCAAGAAUCGACAAAUACAAUCUACUGAAGAAAUAUUACAUGAAUUAGCUAUAUUUGUAGAGAAACUAAUUGAACAUGGUACCAAGAAUUCAUCCAAUCAUAUGUUACGCUGGCUAUCUACUCUAACUAAUCCGCCCAUCCUUCGAGGCCCUCAACGGGAUCGGGUGAUCUUUAGUUGGUGGAUUAUAAAUAUAAUACCCUUGAGUGAUGAUGAAAAGUAUCCUUUAUUAGCCAUGAGAACUGUUAGAGAAAGAGUUUUGAUCAUUAUUUCUUGGAUAGAUCGAUUUGAAGAUCAAUGGUCAUUAUUCUUAAAUAAUUCCUCGACUACUUCAUGUUGUAUUUCUUAA